UUUUGAUGCUAAUGUUAGCCUUGUUCAGCAUAUCUCUACAGCAGCCUUAGUUUGGCUGUGGAGCAGGACUGACCUGCAGAAAUCCUUCUUACCAAUAGUCAUGGUCUUCAUGGCUGUGACUUGCUACCGACCCCUCCUUAUCGAAGUUUUGAGCCAUGUCUUGGGUAUUCAGUCUUGGAGCUUGCUGCUGUUAAAAACCACCAUUACUUCCUGCAUUGGACUAGUUGCUCUUCAGCUGUAUCUGACAUUAACCACUGGCAAACAGGCCAGGACUUAAGGAAGAGACCUUGCGCUUGUUAUUUAUGCAACUUUGAAUUGUCAGAAAAGCAGUUUAGGAACAAUAUUGUAACAUCAAUCUAUGAAGCCUAUGGUUAUCAUACUGAAAAGGCUGGCUUGAAUUUUCAACAGUUGUUCGGAAGUGAAAGCUUCUUGUUUAUGGCCAAACUCCUUGAAAAGCAAUUGCACUUUUCGAUACUGUAAGGUGUAGGUCUUGAAAUGUCGUUGAAAUUUAAAUUAAAGUCCUUGAAUAAAAUCAAUAUCUGUGAAUUGCAUACAUAAUCCUCAUAAGAUAUUGGCAGUGAAAGGUCAGUUCAUUCUACAUGUACAGUGCUUUCAAUACGAUUUGCAGUAGGGGACUACUCUGAUACAGUACCCAUCAGAGAGCAAUACUAAAGGUGCACAACAACUUCCUCUAGGGUGCCAAUUUUAUAUGUAACUGUUCAUAUUAUAACUGGCAAUUCACAAUAGAAUAUCCAUUGUACCUCUAGCUGGUACCUAUUUAUACACCUGGGUAGAGAGAGGCACUGUGAGAGUGAAGUUUUUUUGCCCAAGAACUCAAUGUUAUGACCCUGGCCAAGGCUUAAUCCAAAGUGUGCCACCAUGUCCUCUAAAUAUGUAGCUGCAAUGUCAUCCCAUACAUGUAGGCACAUGACUCCUCUCGCCCGAGACUCAGUCAUGGAGAAAAUGUGUUUGAUUCAUUGCCCCACUUCCAAGUUUUUGGUGUUCCCAAGUCAAAUAUGCUUCAUAUAGUAUUACAUGUUCAAGUCCAGAGUUCCAGAUAAUUUUUCAACGCAGUUUGUCGAUGAGGAAUUCCAACAGAUAAAUUCCCACUGUUCUCACCAAAUCAAUAUAAAUUUUCGAUUAAUUUGCUGGGUCAUGCAACUGACCUCAUCAGGUCUUUGACCUGAGACCUUUCACUUCUCUGGAACAGAGCAAGUCACCCUCGUAAUCACCUCUUUUAUCCAUAUGGUCCCUUGAUGUUCGUGUAUAUACAGACAAACACUUGUCUGACCCUAAGAGAAAAGUCCAGCUGCCUUCAUCUGGUGCUAAAGUUUAAACGAAAAUCAGCAAACAACAAUCAUGAAACUGCUACAUGUACAUUUAUGAACAAUGAACACUGAACAUUAGCAUUCCCAAUUUGUGAUUUGUGUAUCUUUCUCUAACAAGGAAGAAUGAAAAAUCAUUUGGCAACUAAGAGGAUGGUUUAAUUUUAACUAAGUUUGGCUGCCCAUAAGUGCCAUGGAAUAAGUACAUUUAGCAACAAAUUAUGGAAGCAGGCUGACGUUGUCGUUGACAAUGUUGCAUGUAAUAAUUUUUCUAGGACUGACACAGACACAGAAAUUCAGUUAACUCUCCAUGCCAUGUUUGCCUAUGACUGUCAGAUCUUUCGCUUUCUAAAGAGCUGCAGUUGCUGAAUUCAUAUUAGAGGUGGAAAACUGUCUUGGACUGAAAACUUGUCUUCAAAUGGAAAACUUGUGUGGCAUGAAUCCAGUAAAGGAUGGGUUUCCCUUUUUUCAACGAGAAAACAGGACGGAAAACUCAUCUUAGACAGAAGACUCACUUAAAUUCAUACUUGGCAUGAAAAUCAUGACAAGUUUCAGUCGUGAUUUUAAGGUGGGUUACCCUCAUUAAAUUCAUAUUAGACUGUAUCCUGUCAAAAGGAAUUCCAUCCGUGACUAGUUUCUCUAGUUUAAAAUAUCAAUACGGCUAGUGAUGCACACACUUGGGAAUAUUUAACAGGAAAAGUAAAGUACUUUAAUAAGACCCAGCCUGUGGUUUGCACUAACAUUAACUUUCACAUUUUCACAAUUCACAAGUUUGCAGAUGUCAAACUACAUGUAUGUUAACAUAAAAAUACACCCACCAAUUUCCAUGGCUAUGAAUUGUAUACCAUAUAGGGGUUGUUGUAAGAACUUCACUGAUGCAACUCCCACAUGUAAUUAUAACCUGAAUAGAGCAGUUUUCAUUUGAGUGUCAAAAGGUAAUUGGUUUUGUAUCACCAUGUUACACGAUUGGCUUAAGAAAUGUAUGCCAUUUUUUCAUCCAAUCGUGCAUAUUUCUGGUGCUUUGUGUCACCUACAUGUAAUUAUUUUGAGUUUUGAUUGGUUCACUGGAUUUUCUGUGUCCUUUGUGAUUUGGCUAGAGUGAUUACUUUGGUUCUGGUUUCAAAACACUCAAUUGAAAACCACUCUAAUACAUAUAUUUCAUAAUACAUCAACAAUACAUCAGCAUUGUUUGAAAUAUAGAUUUAUUCCAAGAAAUGAGAGUGAUAUAAAAAAAGCCCCAUUUUCUUACAACUAGUAACACACUGCAAGUCACAAUCCAAUUUUUUUCCUGUAAUGUUUUGAGCCCAACAAAUUCGUCUAAUCCGUCAUAAGUCAAAUGUAAAUCCAAAUAUAGUCCUUUUGAUCAAAGGCUUGCUCCUGUCGUUAAGAAGAUCACGUGGUCCUUCUUCAUUUGGUGACAAAGUCAAACUUGGGAAAUUCCUCCAGAUUUCCUUCUCCAAACCGCUUUUGUAUCUGCUGCUUUUCCACCUCGACUCUAGCCUUCUUCUCGGGCGUAAAAUCGACUAAUUCUCCACCUGAGGCUUGGCUUUUCUUCUUGUACUCUUGCAAUUUCUCCACGAAUAAUUUCUGUAUGGGGUCAGAGGUCUUGUCUUUCGCUAAAACAGCUGCCAUACCGAUGCUUCUUCUACAAGUGGCCAUGAAUGAACCGGUUGUCGGCGAAACAAGACGUGAAAAACGAAAAACUGCCGCCAUAUUCAUGCACCAAAACCAGCUCUGAUAUUCAAAAUGGCGGACAAUCGCUGUGUAUUGCGUGGUCUCGUUUUGAAGAGAAGGCAAUAUCAGUUUAGUCUCCAGUCUUUUUACACGUGAUAGAAAUCUCGGUCAACAUGGCGGACUCAGCGAAAGUUGUGAAAGUCGGCUCGCGUAAAAGUCAGCUUGCACUCAUUCAAACUAAUGUAAUUAUAGAAGAACUAAAGAGGGUUUGUUCUGAUGCAUCAUUUGAAAUUGUGUCAAUGUCUACUGUAGGGGAUAAUAUUUUGGAUAAAGCAUUACCUAAAAUAGGAGAAAAAAGUGUUUUCACAAAGGAAUUAGAAGUUGCUCUAGCUAAUAAAAGUGUACAUUUUGUGGUUCAUUCACUAAAGGAUCUUCCAUCCACUCUACCACCAGGCAUGCUGAUAGGAGCUGUCUUCAGACGAGACAGUCCCUAUGACGUGGCUGUUUUUCAUCCAAAGCACAAAGGUUCUACUCUUGCUUCAUUACCUGAAGGAAGUGUGAUUGGAACAAGUUCACUGAGACGCAGUGCACAGCUAAAAAGAGCUUUCCCACAUUUGAUCAUAGAAGAUGUUCGCGGAAAUCUGAACACAAGGCUAAACAAGCUUGACGCAGGUGAUAAGUAUGAUGCUCUCAUUCUGGCAGCGGCUGGAAUGGAGCGCAUGGGCUGGGCUGAACGUAUUGAGCAGGUUCUUGGUGCUGAUGAAUGCUUGUACGCUGUAGGACAGGGAGCUCUAGCAGUUGAAGUCAAUCUUGACGACAGUCAAACCAUUGAAUUGGUGUCCAAACUGAUAGAUAAUCACACAAGUUUGUGUUGUGCGGCCGAAAGAAACUUCUUAAGAACCUUGGAAGGAGGAUGUAGCGUUCCCAUUGGAGUAACGUCUAGCCUGGAUGGCAAUCAGUUAACCAUUACAGGUGCUGUGUUUAGCUUGGACGGAAAAGAGUGCCUCAAGGCCACUGUAUCUGGAACCCUUCCGGAGCCCGUUGUCCAAGGUGGUAGCUGCCCUCAUGCCGUGCUAACCCAGUCCAGCAUUUAUGUCCCAGAUGGAUUGCGUGACUCUCUUGUCGCAGCUGAGAAAUUAGGAGAGCAGUUAGCGCGAGCUUUGAUCGCCAAAGGAGCCGUUGAAGUGCUGCGUAAAGCUAGAGAAGAAAAGGAUCUCGCACAGCAGUGAAGAAAUCCUGCUUAAACUGACAAUGCUUGUUAGGAUACCUAAAUCUUAAAAUUCCAGCGAGUCUGCAAGACACUUUUGCUCGUCACGCAAUCUCUCCUUGCGUUGGUAACGAGCCAAACAUCUAAUUUUUCCCUACAAUAUCGAAUGCACAAUCCGUCACACAGGUAAUGAGAUUCAAUAAAAUCCUCCACCUGGUCACAGA